UCAUCCGCAUCUCCAACCCAGCAAGCAAGCAAACCAGGACCCCCUCCCUCGCUCGUCACCUCCUCCUUCUCCCAAACUUCAACUUCACAACCAGCACAAUGGCCCGCACGAAGCAGACCGCCCGCAAGACCACCGGUGGCAAGGCCCCCCGCAAGCAGCUCGCCACCAAGGCUGCCCGCAAGUCCGCCCCCUCCACUGGCGGCGUGAAGAAGCCCCAUCGCUUCCGCCCCGGUACCGUCGCUCUGCGUGAGAUCCGCCGCUACCAGAAGUCCACCGAGCUGCUCAUCCGCAAGCUCCCCUUCCAGCGCCUCGUCCGCGAGAUUGCCCAGGACUUCAAGACCGACCUCCGCUUCCAGUCCACCGCCGUCUCUGCCCUGCAGGAGGCCGCCGAGGCUUACCUCGUCAACCUCUUUGAGGACACCAACCUCUGCGCCAUCCACGCAAAGCGCGUCACCAUCAUGCCCAAGGACAUCCAGCUGGCCCGCCGCAUCCGUGGCGAGCGCUCUUAAGCACCUCCACACUUGCCUUUUGUGUGUUACAUUACGUCAGUGUACAUGUGCGUACUGAGGCACUUGUUCUAAUCUCCCCUCCUUUGCUCCUUUGUCAAUAUUCUCCCACACACGAGUCCGUUGGGCUUGCUGCUUCCCCUCUUCGUUCGUGGUUUGGUUGAAUCAGGUCUGAUUGACUUGCCUCUCUCGCUGUGUGUCAUGCCGAUGAUGCUGCUCAUCUCGGUGGCAAUCUCGAUUAAUUGCCCAGUCUGAUAAUGUUUACCAUGCGUGUUGGCCCUUGACUCGGGGUGUCCUCGCUCAACUGUGGGGUGUGGAUGUUGCGCGCCUCUGUUUUCAUGGCUUGGCUGCUGCGAUCCCACCACGCGUUGACUGAUGCUUACAAACCAAGUAAAGACCAACCAACACAACUACUGUCACUACCAAACAAAGUAAUGAAUGGGAGAAAC